GAGUCCAGCAUGCAGCAACCAGGCAGGCUGAGGCUGAGACCAUGGCUGGAGGAGCAGAUCGGGUCCGGGAAGUAUCCAGGAGUCAGCUGGCUGGAUAAGUCUGCACUGAUCUUUCAAAUCCCGUGGAAACAUGCCGCCCGUCAUGGAUGGAGCAUUGACAGAGAUGCCACUCUUUUCAGGAGCUGGGCCUUGCACACAGGACGGUACCAUCCAGGCAAAGACAAACCAGACCCCAAAACAUGGAAGGCAAAUUUUCGCUGUGCCUUGAACUCUCUGUCUGAUAUCUGUGAGCUGCGUGAGUACAGCAGGAAGAGAGGCAGCAAUGCCUACAGAGUCUACAGGAUGCUUCCCAUUUCACAAACACAGAGGCGCCGGAGAGGCCUGUUCAGCAGAGCAAAGGAGAUACAGACCACUUCAGGAGCGUGCACACGAGACGACGCAUACACCACUUGGCAAUCCCCAGCAGCGAGGUCUGUUUCCGACAUGAUGCAGCCGGCAGACACGGCUGCUGAAGACACGAUCAAUAACACUCAGGCCCAUGGACUGUGGGAAACCAAACCAGAGGACAAGGAGCAGAACGAGGCUGUCUUCAAGCUGAUGGACCACCUGAGCAGCACUGACCUCUGGAACCAGACAGGGGAGCAGCGGGGGUGGAGGACACACACCCUGUGGGACCACUGGCACUGUGCUGCUGAGGACAACCUGUGCUUUCUGCACUCUGAAAAUUACACCGAUCUGUUUGGAGCAAGCUACAUCAAAGAGUUCUCCGACGGCGCGGCUCAUCAGCAGCACUGACGCCAUCAGCCUUGGCGUCCCGGAUUGUGUUUGCCACACAGAAAAAGCUGCUGGUCCUUCAGGCCUCCGCUCUUGCACUGUCCUCCCCCCAACCACGCCGCUUUUUUUUUUCCUGCUGAACUCACAGAUGGAGGAUAUUGCCCUGUCAGUCACUCGGCCGUCCCGCUGAUGAAGAUCCUGUUCCAAGCCAAGCUUCACCCCUGUCAUCCUCACUACGGUUCAGUGACUCAAACCUACUGGAAUAACAGCAAGCUCUGCAGCGCAGCGUUUUACAGUAAACAGAUCUCAUUUCACGGUCACGCGCUUCUUCUGUUUCUUUGGAUGUUUGGCCGAAACAUGCAGAGUCUGAGGCAGACGGUGCAGCCUGGAAGUACAAGAGAUGCAGUCUUGUGAAUUUUGCAUUUAAUGACAAGUUUGUGGCAUGCGAAGCAUUUUAGUGACCAACCUUUCUGUGUAUGAUCAACCCACACUUGUAACUUCAUGUUAAUUUUUUUUUUCUCCAAUCAUUUCAAAUUU